AUGGCUGUUCUGCCCCCAGAUCCUGUUUACGUACUUCGUUGUCCCGAUAAGGUUAGUCCCAACUCACUGUGUUUCCAUCAAAAUGACCGUUUGUUAGCUGGUACAUUAAAAGGAAAUAUUUUAUUAUGGGAUCUGCAAACUAACCGAUCCAGCUUAAGGUUUAGUGUUGGCUCAGAACCAAUUAUAAGUUUACAUCAUACCCACGAUUUACUAAUCUCGCAGGAGAAAUAUGGCACUGUAGCAUUCUGGUGCAUGGAAAAUGCAGGUUAUACUCGCCAUCGCACACUUAAUACUCAACAUAUAGGAUUUUGUCGAUCAGUCUUACUUGAUAAUUUGCUUUUUUAUCCGUCUGGAGAGGAUUCAAUAGGUAUAUUUCAUCUCAAUGACCCGAAUGGCUUUUCACAAACACUAGUGCCGACUAAGGAUACGCAAUCGCCUAAAUUGGGAAUGGUUGUUUGUUUAAAAGCCUUCAAAUUUGCUGCCAAAUAUUACGUUUUAGCCGGCUACGAAAGUGGUCACUUCAUAACGUGGGAUAUCGAUUUGGGUGAAGCUGUAGAUGUACAUGCUAUGCGAGAAAACUCGAUGGCCCUUGAUUACGAUCCUUGUACCAACCGUGGUAUAAUCGGUGGCUCCUCUGAAAAUCUCACAGUGUUCUCUUAUCAACGUGAAAUGAUGAAACUGCAACCAUGUGGUGAUAUGUCUGUCAAAAAUCCAGGCAUUAAUUGCAUACGCAUUCGUUCUGACUUAAAAAUUCUUAGUACCGGUGGCUUGGAUGGACGUAUACGCAUAUUCUCCUGGAAAAGCUUAAGGCCAUUAGCGGUGCUAACUGAGCAUAAAACCGGUGCAAUCAUGGAUAUUUCAUAUUCAACAGAUAAGGUCACUAUAUGGAAAUCUCCAAUCAUGGCCGUCGCGGGAAUGGACAGUGUAAUAUCUUUGUGGGAUUUAUACAAUUAAAGAACUAAUCUUUUAAAUAUUUUUGAAUUGGUUUAGUUAUUCCUUAUUAUCGCUAUCGACCCUUUCACAAAAUUGUUUCCAGCUCUUACGUUUUUCCUGCCUGAGAGUAUAUGUGUAUCCCUUUUUAACGUCGGCCAAAAAUUUGAAAUUUAUAUUUACAAGGAGAUCUUUUACAUUUAUUUAUGGCGAGUUUAAGUUUGGCGGCGACUCAAUUGCAUGGGUGUUCCACCAAAGAUUAAAAGGGGGAAUGAUUUUUUAGAAGCCUUUCCCCUCAGAGCAUUAGUGAAAGACUUUCAGGAUUUAUCAAAGAAACAACCAAAAGAGUCAUUGAUUUGGAUGGUAUUUGAAAUGCUAUAUAUAGGAUUAUUAAGCAAAGAGAAUUUAAUGUACUUUGGAACAAGUGUAUGCGAGUGGUUGCGGGCAAUAGGUUGCAAAUGAAGACUGAUUUUAAUUAAACAAUGACAACUACCGAAGAUAUCGUUAAGGGCUCUCUAGGUACUCAGAAAAUUAAGAUUAGACGUACAGACCGAAAGAUCUGUACAGGAAGAGAUGCAAACAAGAUAGGAUCACCAUUAUUUGUGUGAAUUGUACAGCUACAAGCUUUAAGCACACAAUUUGUAAAAUUAGAAGCGUAGGAGAACAAAAGUUUAUCAUAUAUAAG